AUGGUUUAUUUAGUGAUAAAAGAACUUUCAACCAUCGCUGAGGAUGUAAUUAUGGUUACUAGUAGCCUUAUGAAAGACAUGCAACCGAAAUCCGAUGUUAUUUAUCGUGCAAAUGCUAUUAGAGCCCUAUGUAAAAUCACUGAUGCAUCAAUGCUUCCAAGUGUCGAACGUUUUCUCAAAGCGGCCAUUGUCGACAAAACUCCAUCUAUUUCUUCUGCCGCUAUCGUGUCUAGUUAUCAUUUGUUUCCCGCCGGAAAAGAUGUAAUUAAAAGAUGGGCCAACGAAGUUCACGAAGCUAUUAAUUCUAAGCCUUCUUCGCUUGUUGGGACUGCCUCUUCAUAUUUAACGUCUUUCUCGACAAGUAGUUCUUCAUAUAGUACACCCCCUUCCACCAGUAAUAUUAAUCAAUAUCACGCAUUAGGUCUUUUAUAUUUAAUUCGUCAACAUGAUCGUAUGGCUGUAACAAAGUUGAUACAACAGUUAGCUGGAAGUAAUAGGGGUGGCUUUGGUUCCUCUAGUGGGGUUUUACGUAAUACUUUUGCAUAUUGUUUAUUAAUUCGGUUUGCAGCAAAGAUUUUAGAUGAAGAUCCUAAGCAACCAAUGUAUGAUCUUUUGGAAGGAUGGUUGAGACAUAAAAGUGAUAUUGUCAAUUUCGAAGCGGCAAAAGCAAUAUGUAACAUUAAGGAUGUGACAAGCAAAGAAUUAUAUCCGGCUAUCAAUGUGCUCCAACUAUUCCUCUCAUCACCUAGAUUUACAUUACGAUUUGCAGCUAUUCGUACCCUUAAUAAAUUGGCUAUGACCCAUCCUACAGCAGUCCAACCUUGUAAUUUAGAUAUGGAAAAUCUAAUAACAGAUCAAAAUAGAACUAGCGUCGAUCGUUUAAUGAAACAAAUUACUGGGUUCAUGUCGGAAAUUUCUGAUGAAUUCAAAGUCAUUGUUGUUGAUGCGAUCCGUUCUUUAUGCCUAAAAUUCCCCACGAAACAAGCCGUAAUGCUUAGCUUUUUAAGUGGGGUAUUGAGAGACGAAGGAGGAUAUGAAUUUAAACGUGCAGUAGUUGAGGCAAUAUUUGACUUGGUCAAGUUCAUACCUGAAUCUAAGGAAGCUGAAGAUUGUGAAUUCACAAAGCUUUCUGUACGCGUUUUACACCUUCUUGGAGUUGAAGGACCAAAGACUGCUACUCCUACAAAAUAUAUCCGCUACAUUUAUAAUCGUGUUAUCUUGGAAAACUCUAUUGUUAGAGCUGCGGCAGUGAGUGCUCUUGCUAAAUUUGGUGUCAAUGUAGAUGACCCCGAGGUCAAAAAGAUUCGAGAUAGAGCAACUUUAUAUUUGAAACUUUUAGAUGAUGAUGAUAACGCCGAAAAAUAUCUUAAAGAUGCUGAAGCUGAGAAUUCACGACCUCGAAGCUUUGACCUGACUACACAGACCAUUGGAGUUUCUUCUCCAGCUGUUAUUGGAGUCAUUCCGGCUACUACUUCUACAACAAGUAGGGAUGCAACACCCACCCCUGGAAUAGACCAGCAGCAAAUCUAUGCUCAACAAUUGGAGAAAAUUCCCGAAAUUGCAGCAUUUGGAACUUUGUUCAAAAGUAGUACCAAACCAGUUGACCUUACAGAAAGUGAGACAGAAUAUGUUGUUA